AUGAGCCGUCAGCUUUUAGCAGGCAGCCAACAAAAUGCUCAAAGCCCCUUUACCCAGUAUAGUGUAAGUAGCUCAAGCUCCUGGCUCCGUCCUGGCUCCUGGAGCAGCACGAAAACAUCUAACUGUAGAGGAAGGACAACUUUAUCCCUGUGCGGAAGCUACAAGAGCAGUACCUGUGGAAGUGGAGGCCAGGGAGUACAAAGGAGAUACAGCAUCCAGGGAGUACGUGUUGAUCCAAAGCUGUUGGAGCCUUUCCAUGUCAGUAUCUCCCCUGAGAUCCAGAAAGAGAAACGCAAAGAGUCGGAGGAAAUGAAGAACCUUAACAGCAAAUUUGCAUGUUUCAUUGAUCAGGUGCAGUCCCUGGAACAGAAGAACCAGCUGCUAGAAACUAAAUGGAGCCUCCUGCAACAACAAGAUAAAUCACCUACAGAAAACUUAGAGCUUUUAUUUGAACAGUAUAUUGCAGCACUGAGGAACAUGCUGGAAGAUUUGUGCCAAACGAACAAGAAACUGCAAAGUGAUAGUGAAAGUUCAAAGGCACAGACUGCAGACUCCAAGCGCAAUUAUGAAGAGAAAGCGAACCAGCGUGUUGCAGCAGAGAAAGAGGUUACAGAACUUAGGAAGGACGUAGCCUGUAUCUCUUCAAACAAUGCAGAGCUGGAGAAGAAAGUCAGUCUCCUGGCCCAAGAGAUCCAGUUCCUGAAAUGUGUGUAUGAGAAGGAGAAAGAACAGCUUGAGAAACAAGAAGAAGGCAUGGAUGUGGUUGUGAAAAUGGACAACAGUAGAAACCUUGACUUGAACAGCGCCAUACUUGAAAUCCGAAAACAAUAUGAGGAAGUUGUGCAGAGAAGUCAAGCUGAGGCAGAUAAAUAUUACCAAAACAAGUUUGAAGACGCUCAAAGUAAGAGAUCUAGUUUCCAAGGGGAUCUGAAGAAUCGACAGCAGCAGAUUUCAGAACUUAUCAAACAAAUUGAGAAAGUCCAGUGUGAACUGCUGAGGUUGCAGAAGGAGAAUGAAGAGCUCCAGAAGACAGUUACUGAGGCAACCAAAGAAGGUGAGCAAGCCGUUCAAGAAGCCCAACAGAAAUUCACUGAGUUGAUGGAGGCCCUUCGAAAUGGCAAGGAUGAACUGGCCACCCUAUUACUUGACUUCCAGGAGCUCCUGAAUUUGAAGUUGACUCUUGAUAUUGAGAUUGCAGCUUACAAAAGUUUGUUGGAGGGAGAAGAAGAGAGGAUAUGCAAAGAUUCUGGAAGUUCCAUCAGCAUCUCUGUGACCAACUCCGGAAGCAAUUCUCAGAGUGCUGCGAAACAAGGAAAGGAAUGCAGUGAGAAGGCUGGGGGCGUCUGUGGAGGGAAACCCACAGGAAUUAAAGUACCCACUUUCACUGAUAGUAAAACCAAGUGUCAAAGUGAAAAGUGUUCUACUGUCUGCAAACAGUCCAGUAACAGUAAGAGAAAGUAA